AUGAGAUAUCCACAUCAUGCCGUUGGAGGCCAGUCUACAUGGCUAAAAGCCGUGUUUAUUAUACUUCUUAUCUCAGCCCCUGCCUCAUCAAUGACAAGUAGAAUAAAAGUAACAACUGAGCCUGGAUAUCAUUGUGCAUAUAAAAUAUAUCCACACAGUGUAGUUGAAACGACUCGUCUGGUAGCUUGCAGAGGAUUCACGUCAACAAACUCUUGCGCGAGACGACCCCUCGUAUAUUUUGAAGACAGUGAAUUUGAAAACAUGAUAUUUGAAUGGUCUAUUCCUUUGGUUGCAACUAUGGAUUCUAGAGGCAGAAGAAGAACAUAUGCAGACAAAAUAACUUUUAACAAUAGCUGCGAACUGAAAGAUCUGCUUUAUUAUGACAAUGCCUCAGCUCAAUUUGUGCCAUGUGUAAAUGUACCCGAGGUUUCGAAAAGUACAACUUCUGGGAUAGGCCAAGUCCUCACAGAACCUUUAGUUAAAUGCGGAUCAUUAUCAUGGGAGUUAACAGAGAUUCAACAAGACGCCAGAAAUCAAUUAUACCAAACCAUGCAUUCGUUUGAUGAAGUGGAGUUCUCAUCUAGUAAGAUUGAUGGUCCAUGGAAGAGUACCUUUUUGAGCAAAAGAGUAACUGUAGACGGUAAAGCACAAUAUGUAAGAUACGAAGUUAUAUUAAAUAAUCAAAAUGAAGUCCGUGGUAUAGCCAUUAUGCAUAAUAUAAGCCUAAGAAUACCCGUAACCCGCAAAUUCAUCCGACAGUCAAGUGAACAGAACAAGUCGACACCAAUGCGGGAAAAGAAAAGUAUCAAACUAGAAUGCUUAUUUGACGGAGCAUUCCCACUUUUUCCUGAUAGUCGGAUAUCGGAUCAACCAAGCCCUAAAAGACGAAAGAAUUUAGAGUAG